AGCUUUCCUCGACUAUUCCUCCUCCCGCUCCGCUCUCACAUAUCGCAACAACUAGACACGUAGCUUCGUCUUCCCGUCUCCCCACGGUUGCCGGAGCCGGAGUACGCGUAUAAGUAGAGCCCCAACGCCGCGCGGUUAGCCAACGAAGCAACCAGUCAAGUACUACUACUCAACUGAGCUUUUCUUUGGAGUGUGUGUGCGAAGCUAGUGAAUUCACUCAGCUAGCUCGGAGAGGCAGAGAGGAACAGACUAAUCAUUAAUCAAUGGCGGGCCUGGUUGGAGUUUGGCUGGGGGAGUUCGCCAAGAUGGGCCGGGGGGCGGCACCGGCGGCCGACGCCGGGGUCGGCCAGCGAGCUCAGAGCGAAGGGGAGAGCUGCAAGAGUAAGGUUGGUGAUGGUGUUGUGCAGGAGAUCACGACGAGGACGAGGGACAGCAGCAUCCUCCUCUCCGACUCCGAGGCCACCGUGUGCAUGCUCAUGGACCGCUUCGCCCCUGCCUGACGCCGCUCACUGGCCGCUGGGCUUUCGCCGGUAAAAUGGAUUGAUGGAAGCGUGUACCGUGUAUAUAGUAGAUAUACUCUCUGUAUAUAACCACUUUGCCUUGCUAUUUUGCAUCAAUUGUAUCAUAUGGGUUGUAAUCCUUCAAAUUUGGAGUCGAUUCAUUGGUUAAUAUAUGCAGCACUAGUGCUGGUUCUGAUAA